GCUCCCAGAAAGUGCUGGCCAUUCAGGCCCGAAAGCGGAGGCCGAAAAGAGAGAAACAUCCGGAAAAAAUUCAAGCAGAAGAUUGAGCUGCUGAUGUCAGUUAACUCCAAGAAGUCGUCCUCUUCAGAAAGGCCUGAGCCUCAACAGAAAGCUCCUUUAGUUCCUCCUGCUCCACCUCCUCCACCACCACCACCACCACUACCAGACCCUACUCCCCCAGAGCCAGAGGAGGAGAUCCUGAGAUCAGACGAUGAGGAACAGGAGGACCCUGCGGAUUACUGUAAAGGUGGCUAUCAUCCAGUGAAAAUUGGAGACCUCUUCAAUGGUCGAUAUCAUGUCAUUAGAAAGCUAGGAUGGGGGAACUUUACUGUCUGGCUGUGCUGGGAUAUGCAGGGCAAAAGAUUUGUUGCAAUGAAAGUUGUAAAAAGUGCCCAGCAUUACAGAGAGACAGCCUUGGAUGAAAUAAAAUUGCUCAAAUGUGUUCAAGAAAGUGAUCCCAAUGACCCAAACAAAGACAUGGUGGUACAGCUCAUUGAUAAUUUCAAGAUUUCAGGCAUGAAUGUAAUACAUGUGUGCGUGGUCUUCAAAGUGCUUGGCCACCAUCUCCUCAAGUGGAUCAUCAAGUCCAGCUAUCAGGGCCUCCCAGUACGUUGUAUGAAGAGUAUCGUUCGACAGGUCCUCCAAGGUUUAGAUUGUCUACACAGUAAGUGCAAGAUUAUUCAUACUGACACAAAGCCAGAAAACAUCCUGAUGUGUGUGGAUGAUGCAUAUGUGAGAAGAAUGGCAGCAGAGGCGACUGAGUGGCGGAAAGCAGGUGCUCCUCCUCCUUCAGGGUCUGAAGUGAGUACGGCUCCACAGCAAAAACCUAUAGGAAAAGUAUCUAAAAAUAAGAAGAAAAAGCUGAAAAAGAAACAGAAGAGCCAGGCUGAGUUAUCGGAAAAACGCCUGCAGGAGCUAGAAGGAUUGGAGCAAGAAGCUGAAAGGAAAAUAAUAGAGGAAAACAUCAGGUCUUCUCUACCUUCCGACGAGCAAGAUGAUGAAUUCCGCCCGGAGGUGAAACUAAAAGCCGUAUUAGAGGAGACGGCCGAGGAAGAGACCACAAAGGACAAUGGUGAAGCUGAAGACCAGGAAGAGAAAGAAGAGGCUGAGGAAGAAAAUGUUGAGAAGGAUGAAGACGAUGUCGAUCAAGAACUUGGGAACAUAGACCCUACAUGGAUUGAGUCACCCAAAGCAAAUGGCCAUAUUGAGAAUGGGCCGUUCUUACUGGAACAGCAGCUGGAAGAUGAAGAGGAUGAUGAAGAUGACUGCCCAAAUCCCGAGGAGUAUAACCCUGAUGAGCCAAAUGCAGAAAAACCUGUGGCCUGUGGCUCUGUGCUUUCUGAGGGAUCGCCACUUACCAAGCAGGAAGAAAGCAGUCCUUCCCAUGACAGAAGCAGGACGGUUUCAGCCUCCAGUACUGGGGAUUUGCCAAAAACAAAGACCUGGGCGGCUGACUUGUUGGUGAACCCCCUGGAUCCUUGGAACGCAGAUAAAAUUAGAGUAAAAAUUGCUGACCUGGGAAAUGCUUGUUGGGUGCAUAAACACUUCACCGAGGACAUCCAGAUGUGUCAGUAUAGAUCCAUAGAGGUGCUGAUAGGAGCAGGCUACAGCACGCCUGCAGACAUUUGGAGCACAGCAUCCAUGGCAUUUGAGCUUGCAACCAGAGACUAUUUGUUUGAACCACAUUCCGGGGAAGACUAUUCCAGGGAUGAAGACCACAUAGCCCACAUCAUAGAGCUGCUAGGCAAUAUCCCAAGCACUGCUCUAUCUGGAAAAUAUUCUCAGGAAUUCUUCAAUCACAGAGGAGAACUGCAGCACAUCACCAAGCUGAAGCCCUGGAGCCUCUCCGAUGUACUUGUGGAAAAGUAUGGCUGGCAGCAUGAAGAUGCUGCACAGUUUACAGAUUUCCUCAUCCCGAUGUUAGAAAUGGUUCCAGAAAAUCGAGCGUCUGCUGGCCAAUGCCUUCGGCAUCCAUGGUUGAAUUCUUAG